GGGAUCUGUCCGAGCAGGAAGCGAGCAGGAUCCUGGCCACCGCUGUCACCUCCCGCACCCUGUGCCGCCCGUGUCGUCAUUCCUCCCUCCUCCUCGUCACCUCUCACCCACGCCCCCAGGUCUCACUGGCGACAGGUAACCCCGGUGCCGCACACCUGCCUCUCCGCCCGCACCGGAGAUAGUGGAUAGCCUUCUUCAACAAUGGAGGAUGGAAAGCCCGUUUGGGCGCCACACCCUACGGAUGGAUUCCAGAUGGGCAAUAUUGUGGAUAUUGGUCCCGACAGCUUGACAAUUGAACCCUUGAACCAGAAAGGAAAGACAUUUUUGGCUCUUAUAAACCAAGUGUUCCCUGCAGAAGAGGACAGUAAAAAGGAUGUUGAAGAUAACUGUUCAUUGAUGUAUUUAAAUGAAGCCACACUUCUCCAUAAUAUCAAAGUUCGGUAUAGUAAAGACAGAAUUUAUACAUAUGUCGCCAACAUUUUGAUUGCAGUGAACCCAUAUUUUGACAUACCUAAAAUAUAUUCUUCAGAAACAAUAAAGUCAUAUCAAGGAAAGUCUCUUGGCACGAUGCCACCUCAUGUCUUUGCAAUUGCUGAUAAGGCUUUUCGAGACAUGAAGGUCCUCAAGAUGAGCCAGUCUAUCAUUGUAUCUGGAGAAUCAGGAGCUGGCAAAACAGAAAAUACAAAAUUUGUUCUAAGAUAUCUGACUGAAUCCUAUGGAACAGGUCAAGAUAUUGAUGACCGAAUUGUUGAAGCCAAUCCACUCUUAGAAGCCUUUGGAAAUGCAAAGACUGUUCGAAACAACAAUAGCAGUCGAUUUGGAAAAUUUGUGGAAAUACAUUUCAAUGAAAAGAGUUCAGUUGUUGGAGGAUUUGUUUCACAUUAUCUUCUAGAGAAAUCUAGGAUCUGUGUUCAAGGCAAAGAGGAAAGGAAUUACCAUAUCUUUUAUAGGCUGUGUGCUGGUGCUUCUGAAGACAUUAGGGAAAAACUUCAUUUGAGCUCCCCAGAUAAUUUUCGGUAUUUAAACCGAGGCUGCACUAGAUAUUUUGCUAACAAAGAAACUGACAAACAGAUUUUACAGAACCGCAAAAGUCCUGAGCAUCUUAAGGCAGGCGCCUUGAAAGACCCUCUGCUGGACGACCAUGGGGAUUUCAUUCGGAUGUGCACAGCCAUGAAGAAGAUCGGUUUGGGUGAUGAAGAAAAGCUUGAUCUGUUUCGCGUAGUAGCUGGUGUCCUGCACCUGGGAAAUAUUGAUUUUGAGGAAGCCGGCAGCACUUCAGGUGGUUGUAAUCUGAAGAAUAAAUCUACCCAGUCAUUGGAAUAUUGUGCCGAGUUACUGGGCUUGGACCAAGAUGAUCUUCGUGUGAGUUUAACCACGAGAGUCAUGCUUACAACAGCAGGGGGCACUAAAGGAACAGUUAUAAAGGUGCCCUUGAAAGUGGAGCAAGCAAACAAUGCCCGUGAUGCUUUGGCAAAGACAGUCUACAGCCAUCUCUUUGAUCAUGUGGUAAACAGAGUAAAUCAGUGCUUCCCUUUCGAAACAUCAUCCUAUUUUAUUGGAGUUCUAGAUAUUGCUGGAUUUGAGUACUUUGAACAUAACAGUUUUGAACAAUUUUGCAUCAACUAUUGCAAUGAAAAACUUCAACAAUUUUUUAAUGAAAGGAUUCUGAAGGAGGAACAAGAACUCUAUCAGAAAGAAGGCCUAGGUGUUAAUGAAGUACAUUAUGUCGAUAACCAGGACUGUAUAGAUUUAAUUGAAGCAAAGUUAGUGGGAAUAUUGGAUAUUUUGGAUGAAGAAAACCGCCUUCCCCAGCCAAGUGACCAACACUUUACAUCUGCAGUUCACCAGAAGCAUAAGGAUCACUUCCGGCUCACUAUUCCCAGGAAAUCUAAACUGGCAGUCCACAGGAAUAUUAGAGAUGAUGAAGGCUUCAUUAUCAGACAUUUUGCAGGAGCAGUGUGCUACGAAACAACCCAGUUUGUUGAGAAGAAUAAUGAUGCCCUACACAUGUCUCUUGAGUCCUUAAUAUGUGAAUCCAGAGAUAAGUUUAUUCGAGAAUUGUUUGAGUCAUCCACAAAUAACAACAAAGAUACUAAACAAAAAGCAGGAAAACUCAGUUUCAUCAGUGUGGGAAACAAGUUUAAGACACAGUUAAAUUUGCUUCUGGAUAAACUUCGAAGUACUGGAGCAAGCUUUAUUCGUUGCAUCAAACCCAAUUUAAAAAUGACAAGCCAUCACUUUGAAGGCGCUCAAAUUUUGUCUCAACUUCAAUGCUCAGGUAUGGUGUCUGUUUUGGACUUGAUGCAGGGUGGUUUUCCCUCACGAGCUUCAUUUCAUGAACUCUAUAACAUGUAUAAAAAAUACAUGCCAGACAAGCUUGCAAGAUUGGACCCGAGACUAUUUUGUAAGGCUCUUUUUAAAGCUUUGGGCUUAAAUGAAGUUGACUAUAAGUUUGGGUUAACAAAAGUAUUUUUUCGACCUGGCAAGUUUGCAGAAUUUGAUCAGAUUAUGAAGUCUGACCCUGACCACUUAGCAGAAUUGGUGAAGAGAGUCAAUCACUGGCUGAUCUGCAGUCGCUGGAAGAAAGUCCAGUGGUGCUCCCUCUCAGUCAUCAAAUUGACAAACAAAAUAAAAUAUCGAGCGGAAGCCUGUAUCAAAAUGCAGAAAACGAUUCGAAUGUGGCUUUGCAAGAGGAGACACAAACCUCGCAUCGAUGGCCUGGUGAAGGUGGGCACACUGAAAAAGCGACUUGAUAAAUUUAACGAAGUAGUAAGUGCAUUGAAAGAUGGGAAACCAGAAGUGAAUAAACAAGUCAAGAAUCUUGAAAUUUCUAUUGAUGCUCUGAUGGCCAAAAUUAAGUCCACUAUGAUGACCAGGGAACAAAUACAGAAAGAGUACGACGCACUAGUUAAAAGCUCAGAGGACCUCCUGAGUGCACUGCAGAAGAAAAAACAGCAGGAAGAGGAGGCAGAACGGUUGAGACGUAUUCAGGAAGAAAUGGAAAAGGAAAGAAAGAGGCGUGAAGAGGAAGAGCAGCGCCGGAGGAAGGAAGAGGAGGAGAGGCGGAUGAAACUUGAGAUGGAAGCAAAGAGAAAACAAGAAGAAGAAGAGAGAAAGAAAAGGGAAGAUGAUGAAAAACGUAUUCAGGCUGAAGUGGAGGAGCAGCUGGCCAGACAGCGGGAGGAGGAAUCUCAGCAGCAGGCCGUUCUGGAACAGGAGCGGCGGGACCGGGAGCUGGCCCUGCGGAUCGCGCAGAGUGAAUCGGAGCUCAUCACUGAUGAAGGCCAGGCCGACCCAGCACUGCGGAGCUUGGAUUCUCAUCCUGUAAUUUCUAAAAAUGAUGGAGCAAGACCCAAAAUGACCCCGGAACAAAUGGCCAAAGAAAUGUCAGAAAUUUUGAAUAGAGGUCCUGCUGUACAAGCUACCAAAGCAGCUGCUGGUACCAAGAAGCAUGACCUGAGUAAAUGGAAAUAUGCAGAGCUGCGUGAUACCAUCAACACUUCUUGUGAUAUUGAGCUCCUGGCAGCUUGCAGAGAAGAAUUUCAUAGGAGACUAAAAGUGUAUCAUGCUUGGAAGUCCAAGAACAAGAAGAGAAAUACCGAGACAGAGCAACGUGCUCCAAAGUCUGUUACUGACUAUGAUUUUGCACCAUUUUUGAACAAUUCACCUCAGCAGAACCCAACCGCUCAGCUCCCUGCCAGGCAGCAGAUUGAAAUGAACCGGCAGCAGCGCUUCUUCCGCAUCCCCUUCAUCCGCCCUGCUGACCAGUACAAAGACCCGCAGAGCAAGAAGAAAGGCUGGUGGUAUGCCCAUUUUGAUGGGCCUUGGAUUGCCCGCCAAAUGGAACUCCAUCCUGACAAACCACCCAUCCUUCUGGUGGCUGGCAAGGAUGACAUGGAGAUGUGCGAGCUCAGUCUCGAAGAAACAGGCCUCACUCGGAAGCGCGGGGCCGAGAUUUUGCCAAGACAGUUUGAAGAAAUUUGGGAGCGCUGUGGAGGAAUCCAGUAUCUUCAGAAUGCGAUCGAGAGCAGGCAGGCAAGGCCCACCUAUGCCACGGCCAUGCUGCAGAAUCUGUUAAAGUAA